AUGGUGGCGAACGAGAAGAAUCGCGUCACGCCUGCGCAGCAUGCGGAGCACAAGAGGAUCCUCGCGGCGCUGCUGAAGCAAGAGCACAACAAGGUGUGCGCGGACUGCAAGUCGCGAGGUCCGCGCUGGGCCAGCGUCAACUUGGGGGUUUUCAUGUGCCUGGAAUGCGCCGGGGUGCACCGAUCCAUGGGCGUACACGUGUCGAAAGUGAGGUCGACGGACAUGGACACAUGGUUGCCGGAGCAGGUCCAGUUCAUCCAGGUGAUGGGGAACGCGAAAGCCAAUGCGUACUGGGAGGCCAACUUGCCCGCGAACUUCCGGAAGCCAGACAGCUGCGACCGGUCGUUCAUCGAGCAGAAGUACAUCAGGGGAAGGUACCGCAGCAGCGAGAAGCCUCCGACCAUCGAGAGGUUCAUGCGCGGGGAGAUGGACCCGCCCCCUGCCUCUCAGCAGAAACCCGCCCCGGCCGCCGCGCACGCACCGCCGGCGCCGAGCGGGACCGUCGCCCCCAUGCUCGCGGCACCGGGCGGGCGGCCAGCCGCUCCCCGCGCGCCGCCAUCCGCGGCCCCAGCGCCGGUGCCAACUGCGCCUGUUCCGGUGGACCUCCUCGGGCUGGACGACCCGGUCCCCGCGCCAGCAGCAGCACCGCAGCCGCCCGCCCAGGCCCCACAGGCUCCCGUGAGCUUCGACGCGGGCUGGGAUGCCUUCGCAGGGCCCGUGCAGCAGCAGCCGCCAUCGGCCGCGCCAAGAGACGGCGGCCUGGACAGCAUCGGCACGUUUGCUCCCGGCGCGCAGCCAGCGCAACGUCCGACGGCUGGAGACCCGUUCGGCGACUUGAACUUCACCCCGCCAACACCAGCGCCCUCUGCGGCCACCGGUCCUCCCGGCGGGGCCCUCGGCGGGCUCGGUACAGCAGCAGGCGCAAACCCGGCUGCCGGAGCGUUCGCGAGCCCCGCGGCGCCUCAGGCAGUGCCCCACCAUACGGCACACCACUCGUGGAAUGGCGAGGCGCACCACGCCGCCCCGGCGCAGGUCGGCGACGGGCUCCAUCCAUCGGCGAGCGCACAACAGCUGGGCGCGGAGCCGGCGAGAUCGAAGCCGGCGAGAUCGAAGCCCACCAACGACGACAUCAUGGCUCUCUUCGGCCCACCCGCCGCCGGUGCUCUCGCGCCAGCUGCGCCGCCCGCCACGCCGCCGUAUGGCGUGCCGUGGCAGCAGGGCGGGUCCGUGGCAGGAACCGGCGGCCCGAUGGUGGGGGCUGCUGCCGCAGGUGCGUGGCAACAGCCCGGGUUCGGGGGGAGCGCUGCGCAAGUCGGCUGGCAGCAACCGCAGGCGCGGCCAGCUGCGGGGCAGCAGUGGGCACCGCAGUGGCAGUAG